AUGAUUCAAGAGGCUUACGGUGAGGAUGCUCUGUCCAGAACUCAGGUGUUUCAGUGGCAAAAAAAUUUCCGGGAGGGCCGCGAUGACGUCCAUGACAAACAGCGCGUCGGUCCUCCAUCAACGAGUCCACACGGACACAAAUGUGUUAAAAAUGACAUAACCAGGGGUUAUGAAGCUAAUCCUGUGCAAUGUAUAAACUCAGUAGAUGAUGAAACUGAGCCCCAAGACUUCGUAUAUGUCACCGAAAACUGCUUUACUUCCAAUAUUAAUAUUGACAGAACUAUCACUUCUCUCCAGUCGUGCAAGUGCCGUGACAUGUGCGUGAGUGGAGGCUGCAUGUGUGGCAAGAUCAGUAUUCGUUGUUGGUACGACGAUGAAGGAAAGCUCUUACCAGAAUUUAAUUUUGCAGAUCCACCAAUGUUGUUUGAGUGUAACCAGGCUUGUAGCUGUAACCGUUUGACUUGCAAGAACCGUGUUGUACAGCACGGCAUCACAGCUCGAUUCCAGCUGUUCCGUACCAAAGGCAAUAAGGGUUGGGGUGUUCGUACUCUCAGACUCAUACCUAAAGGCACUUAUGUGUGCGAAUAUAUUGGAGAGAUCAUAUCGGAUUGUGAAGCUGAUACUCGUGAGGAUGACUCAUACUUGUUUGAUCUGGACAAUCGGGACGGUGAAACUUACUGCAUAGAUGCCCGACGGUAUGGGAACAUUGCCCGUUUCAUCAACCACAGUUGCAUGCCCAACUUAUUACCAGUGCGUGUCUUUAUCGAUCAUCAAGACCUCCACUUUCCACGCAUUGCGUUCUUUGCUAACCAAGACAUACAGGCCAGCGAGGAACUGGGAUUUGACUAUGGUGAAAAAUUUUGGACAAUAAAAUCUAAAUUGUUCAAAUGUACAUGUGGUGCAGAACAGUGCAAAUACUCAGAGACUACUAUUGAGAAAACUUUGGCUGCUUACAACAAAAAACUGGAGCAAGAAGAGAAUCAUGAAUUAUAAGUGUUAAUACCAGGUAGUAAAUACGAAGGUUGUCCAGAAAGUAGCUCAUAUUUUGAUGAAACAGAAAUAAAAAGUACACAAAUACUGUAGAUGCAGAAAAUUUGAAGGACACACUCUUGAAAUGUUUUUAUUACUAUUACCAUUCAAAUUGAGUCACUUUAUUAUAACUGUGUAUUAGUUUAUCAAAUAUGUUUUUGUAGUAAUUUGCUUCCUGAGAAGUUCAUUACUAGCUGACAGGAUAUUUGUAAAAAUUGUCUAAGUUACUUGUAUAUAUGUGUCUUUGUUCAUGAACUAACUACCUUUUUGUCUUACAAUUGACAUUUCCAGUUGUGGUAAGAGAGGCAUCCUCAUUAUUUGUAUAAUAGACCAUUUAGCAUUGAAGCCAUAGAUUGCUUUUGUUGAUUUCUUUCAAGUUUGUUAGAAAUCACCUGGCACAAAACUUAUGAUAGUACAUCUUCCAUAUAAUGGUUUCAUGCAAGAGAGUUUGGUGAAAGUUGUGGAAAAUGAUGUGCUUUGCAAUUGUGAAGUAUUGAAUUUUGAAAAUCUAAUAUUUGUAUUAUUCUAUCUACAAACCCUUCACUAAGUUGCUGUAAGUUCCAAUUGUUUUGCAUUUAUACUGGAGU